AUGAUAUCUUUGUCACCAUAUUUGCCAGCUCUGCCUUGCCGCCGCUCCUUGGCCUUCUCAACCUCUGAGGUGGAUCUAAAUGCAAAAACACUUAGGAAGAAGUCGUUCCCGUAUUUUAACGAUUGGCAAGAAAUUUUUGGGAAGGACAGAGCUACGGGAGAAAACGCACAAUCAUUUGAAGAUGCAACCGGUGAAGUUCCUGAGCAUGACAUGGAGGACCAAAUGGAGUCGGAUAACGAAGAUGUUCCAGUUCAACAAAACCCACGCGAGGGAAGCCCGGGCAUUCGCAUGGGUUCCACUUCAGGUACGGAGUCUGGGACCCGUGGUACGGCAGAUAAGAGGCUGAAAAGUGGAAAAAAGAAGGGAGUUGGUCAGUGGGAGGACCGUUUUUUGGAUAUCAUGCAAACCUUUUCCCAAAGUACAAAAGAGACAUUGAAAGGUAUUGCGUGUAGUCUUGGGGUUGCGUAUGAAGAGGAAAAGAAAAGGAAUGCGGUGUUUGACGCAUUUUCUGAUAUGCACUUCCUCUCAAAAGAGGAUAAAAUGGUUGUGACGAUGCGCCUAUGUAAGAACGCACAGGAGUUGUCGAUGUUUUUCAGCCUAUCCAUGGAAGAUAAAGCUAUCAUGGUCAAAAUGAUGCUAGAUGGACGUUUGUAG